GGAUUUGGCAGCGCGCAUGACAGGAGGAGACCUUUUUUACGCACGAGUCCAGCUCGCGACUAAAAAGCACAUUCUCAGUCGAGAGGGUGGACCCUGUUCUCAUGGUGGAUCCUUCAUCUUCCCCGUCGAGGAGAGCGCGGUGAAGUGCACGCUGAUUGAAUGGUACCCCUAGUCUCCAUGGAUUACGGACGGACCAUGGCCCCUCCGGUACCCCCGCACAAUCCCACAGAGAGCCGGCUAGGGCAGGCGCAGGAGCGGCUGCUGAAGUGCGUCCUGCUGGGCGACGGAGCGGUGGGCAAAACCAGCCUGGUGGUCAGCUACACAACGAAUGGCUACCCCACCAAAUACGUGCCUACUGCCUUUGAUGACUUCUCAGCCGUGGUUCAGGUGGAUGGAAACCCGGUUCGACUUCAGUUGUGUGACACUGCAGGACAGGACGAGUUUGACAAACUCCGCCACUUCUGCUACAGCCGGACGGACGCCCUGCUGCUCUGCUUCAGCGUGGUCAGCCCGGCGUCCUUUCAAAACGUCUGGGAGAAGUGGGUCCCCGAGAUCCGCCGCCGUUGCCCCCUGACGCCCAUCCUCCUGGUGGGCACGCAGUGCGACCUGCGGCAGGACGUCAAAGUGCUGAUCGAGCUGGCCAGGCGGAGGGAGAGGCCCGUGCUGGAGGAAGACGCCCGGGCGCUGUCUGAAAAAAUCGGCGCGGUGACGUACGUCGAGUGCUCGGCGCUGACGCAGAAGAACCUCAAGGAGGUGUUCGACGCCGCCAUCGCCGUCGGCCUGAGGCAGUUCGACAGGAGAGCGAGGCGGGAGAGGAAGGUCCGCAGCACGGCCGACAAGAUGAAGAUGCUCUCCAUGUCCUGGUGGAAGAAGUACGUGUGCGUCCAGUAGGGAGUGAGGAGAACCCUGGGACUGAUGAGGAAACUGGAACUGCUGACUUGUUGGUGGGGACUGGAUCUAAGAACUACUUUUUUUUUUUCCAUUCAUCUGGACGACCCCAGGCGCGGUCGCCUAGAAUACCUUUAAUUCAGCGGAGCAGUAGGUCAACAGAGGCAACGCGGGCCUUCCGGAGCUGGAGAGCUUUUUGCAAAAAAAUCAUCUUUGUUGAUGCCUCAAAGUUAAAGGACAUGAGGCUGUAAACAGCGUCUGCUCCACAGAGCCAGUCUGAACUGUUAAAUAUGACUGUGACCAGCAUUCAACCAAAAAUAAAUGGAGCUAAUAAAGUCUAAUGUGGACGUGACGAAAGGAAACAUAAUCUGCCUUGGAAGGGGAGGUGUCCAGGCGGUGAUGUCGUGGACUCAAAGUGUCCUCCUCCCAUGUGUCUGAUUCGAUGACCUUCUUUAACAAAGUAUAUUAUUUCCUGUGUUCUACACUGUAAUUCCCCAACACUUCUUAUACGUUUAUUUCCCUCAAAUCAGAACAUGAAGUUAAUAUACACGAGCUUCAAUCUCCAAUCAAAGAUGCAAUAAUAAUACUACUGGAUUCAAGCACCCUGUUUCCUAAAUCCAACUACAAGUGUCUGGUCUGUAACUGAUUGCAUUUAUUUUAACUCAUUGUCUUUUUGGAUUGCAUUCAAAUUUAAAUGAGUAGAACUUAUCUUUUAACUCUGAUUCAUUGUGGAGUGUUGUUGUCUCUACACCAGCUGGUGCCACAUGUUGAAGUGUUGCUACAGCUGUCACACUGCUCGUGUUAGAGGUCUGUAAGCUCCUCACUAAUACACACCGUCGACAGUGGAAACCUACCGAUGCCUAUUAACGUCGUUUAAUCGAUGAGACACGCCUACUAUUCAGCUUUACCUGAACUCUUAAAAAAACCAAAACAUCUUGUUAGUUUCCAAACUCUCAUGUUACAUAAUUACAGCAAUAAGUUGUGUGGUGCAUCUGGACAUUGCACAUGUCAUACACAGUCCAAACACACCACUGACGUCUUGCCAUGCAAUGGCCUUUGAAGCAGUGGUGUGGAUUAUAUAUAUAGAGCAGGUAAAUGCAUCUGUGGGGCUUGAGAUGUAGGUCCCUAGAAGUAUCUGAUCUGCUUGUUCCCUGCACCACCCACCGGUUUGGAUGAUCACAGGGUCUUUCUUUCGGCCUCAAACGGAGAUAAUUAUCCGUCUUCCUCUGUCAGUAAAUUGGAGCGCUGCUUUUCCUCUUUUGAAAGUAUACAGUAAAUGAGGUGAAAUCGCCAAAGAGACUGAUUCUAUGUUUGCUUCUUAUUUUUCAGAAGCCUGUCAUUCAGCUCUGUCUGAUUAUCUGUUUCUUCUGGGCCAAUAACUGAUCAGCAGCCAUACAGAGCAGAUGUAAAUGAAAUAUUGUAUGUCAUUAUGUAUGUUACAUAGUAAUCAUUUAUGAUGUUUGUAAUGUCAUCGGGAUAAAUCUGUGUGUACAUAUAUAAGUGACUCAGUCAUUGGCUCUAAAUGGUACUUACAGUAUGAGUGUUUCACUAAAUGUCUGAUUUUUGGCCGGAGAGCAGUUUGUUGAGCUGAAUAAGCGGAAACAAAAUAAAAUGUGAAAUAUUUAA